AUGGUUCUUCUUGGUUAUGUUUUACCCUUUCUUUUACAGGAUUCUAGAACAGUUGUAUCUGAAGUAACUGUUGAUAAAAUGGAAGUCGUAGUGUAUGAGGCAGAAAUUAUGGAGGAUAGAGGAGAUAUUGUUUUAGAUGAGUCUGUCACAACACUUCAACCUUCAAUGGACGAAGAUGUCUUAAAGAGUAGAGUGGAUGUGGUGGAAAAUGGAGAAGAAAUUGUGUUAAAGGAAUCUGUGGAUAAACCAUUGGACGAAGCUGCAUCUCCAUCGGUCCAAUUUACUAAAAAGGGAACUAUACGAAUUCGCAGAAGUAAUUCUUUAAGUGUCAAAGAAAGAAAAGAACGUAAGAUGCAACUAUAUAAAGCAAAGUAUGCACUAAAGCCAAUUGUUGAUUGUUGCAAAAAAAAAUGCAUUAGCAAAAUAAAUGAGGGACGACGUAUUGAAAUUAACGCCCAAUAUUUAAAAUUAGGCUGGAAGGAGAGGAAGACAUUUAUCCUCAAUACAUGUGAUCGCAUGCCUGUAAAGAGGAAAAGUGUUGAAGAUGGUGCACGAAAAAACAUCUGGAAAUACUUAUUCAGUAAUAAAGACUCAAUCAAGCAGUCCGUGUGCAAGAAGUUUUUCCUAACAACACUAGGAUACAAACCAAAUAAUGACCGUGCAGUAUUUGAGGUCCUUAACAAAACUCCAACUGCCGCAAUAGCCCCAUUAGCUGAUGGACGUGGCAAACAUGUUUCGGAUAGGAAGUAUAAACAUGACGAUUUAAUAGAUGCGCACAUCGAAUCAUUUGAACCAACUGUAUCUCAUUACAGGAGGGAACAUGCUCCUAUUAGAAGAUAUUUGCCAAGUGAUGUGACCAUCACCAUGAUGCACAAUGAUUUUACACACAAAUACCCAGAACAACAAAUAUCAUACGAAUAUUAUAGGUUAGCUAUAAAGAAAAAAAAUAUUUCAUUUGCAACUUUGGGCCAUGAAGAGUGUGAAUUUUGUGAAAAAUUUUGUUUACACGGUCACGAUGCAGAUAAUUUAAAUAAUGAUUGUGAUGAUUGCCAACAAUAUAUUAAUCACAAGAUAAGAUAUGAAGAAGCAAGAGAAUUAUACAAAAAGGAUGCGGAGCUCAAUGAUGGCAGCAUUUUCUCUGUAGAUUUACAGAAAGUCAUCAUGCUGCCACGUUUGGAUGCAUUUAAAAAAGUUAUAUUUACAAAGAGGAUAGUGGCUUACCACGAGAGUUUCGUUCCUCUUGGGAAGAAAGCACAUGGUGUUCCCAUGGCAUGUAUAUGGCAUGAAGGUGUAACUGGGAGGAACAAGGAGGACAUUGUUAGUACAUUUUAUGCUUUUUUUUUGAGGCAGAGGGACUCGAAAAAGAUUACACUUUGGCUCGACAAUUGUUCGAGCCAAAAUAAAAAUUGGUGCCUUCUGUCUUUUUUAGUAUAUAUUGUAAAUAGUGAUGAAGUAGAUAUGGAUGAAAUACAACUAAAAUACUUUGAGCCAGGACAUACAUAUAUGAGUGCCGACAGUUUUCAUCAUCAGGUGGAGCUCUCCAUGAAGAAACAAAAAGUUUACGAUUUUCCUGAUUUUUCCAAAGCUGUACAGAAUGCUAAUAAAGGGAAGGUGGAUGUGAAAGAAAUGACAUUUUCAGAUAUAUACAUGUGGAAAGAUAACAAAUCCCAACAGAAGUUAAAGAAAUCUUCUGAAAAAAUAUAUCUGAAGAACAUUGUAGCAGUGAGAACACGCAGAGGUAAAUUUACAAUGGAAUACAAAACUUCUCAUACGGAGGAGUUUACAAAACAAUUAGACUUCCUCUGUAAGAAAUCAUCAACAAAGAAAAUAUCAAAACCUCCACAGUUGGACAAGCCUCGUGGGGUGGCUCAAGACAAAAUCGAUGAUAUUUUGUCGAAUUUAUCGAGUUUAAUGCCAGCCAGCAGGAGAAUUUUCUGGAACAAUUUAAAAAAUAUAUAAUUUCAUUUAUAUUAUAUAUUUUUUCAAUUAUAUAUGUAUUUUUUUAUUCUAAUAAAACGUUUUAAAAAAUCUAAUUUACUUUAUCUACCUUAUACACACUUUGAAUGAAGUUGACAAAAUAAGAGAUGGAAAGACUGAUUAUUAAUUUGAUAAUGGGUAAAUUGUGGUUUUUGAGCCCCUAGUGCACUCCUAACUAAUGGUAAGAGAAUGGUAUUAUUUGAUAUUCGUGGAAAAAAUAUGUUGCUGGGUUGGACUGGUUGUUAUAAAUAUCAUAUUUGUUGGUUGUAAGUAUUCUUUACUCAAAAUUCUUCCUAUUAAUUAGACGCAGUCUAGCUCUAUGUUAUAACUCCACUAUUAAUUAAGGUUUGUUUGGAAACCAUUGAUUAUCAAGCUAGAUUGUGAUUAACAAUGCCUUUUAUAAAAACACAUUGGUAUU